CGAAUCAUUUCGCCAUCACCCACGAUGCUUCGCCAACCCAAGCACGCUGUCCGCGCCAUGUCGGCGUCUGCCAAGGUGUGGAUCAACAAGGACACCAAGGUCAUCUGCCAGGGCUUCACCGGCAAGCAGGGCACGUUCCACUCGGAGCAGGCGAUCGCGUAUGGCACCAACAUGGUGGGCGGCGUGACGCCCAAGAAGGGUGGCACCACCCACCUCGGCCUGCCCGUGUUCAACACGGUGGCUGAGGCCAAGAAGGAGACGCAGGCCGACGCCUCGGUCAUCUACGUGCCGCCGCCGUUCUGCGCCGCCGCCAUCAUUGAUGCGAUUGAGGCCGAGAUCCCGCUCAUUGUCGCCAUCACGGAAGGCAUCCCGCAGCAGGACAUGGUCAAGGUCAAGUGGGCCUUGGCGCAGCAGAACAUCUCGCGCCUCAUUGGCCCCAACUGCCCCGGUAUCAUCAAGCCCGGUGAGUGCAAGAUGGGCAUCAUGCCCGGCUACAUCCACACGCCCGGCAAGAUUGGUAUUGUGUCGCGCUCGGGCACCCUGACGUACGAGGCCGUCCACCAGACGACGUCGACCGGCCUUGGUCAGUCGACGGUCAUUGGUAUUGGCGGCGACCCGUUCAACGGCACGGACUUCAUCGACUGCUUGGAGCGCUUCACGAACGACCCGGAGACCGAAGGUAUCAUCAUGAUUGGUGAGAUCGGUGGUACGGCCGAGGAAGAGGCCGCCGAGUGGUUGAAGGAGUUCGGCAACCCCAACAAGCCCGUGGUCAGUUUCAUUGCCGGUAUCACGGCGCCUCCGGGUCGCCGCAUGGGUCACGCCGGCGCGAUUGUCUCCGGCGGCAAGGGUACGGCCGAGGGCAAGUUCGCCGCCUUGGAAGGCGCCGGUGUCACGGUCACGCGCUCGCCGUCGCGCCUCGGCACGACCAUGCUCCAGCAGAUGGCUCGCCGUGGCCUCAACUAAGUAGAAUAUAAUUCCAUGUAUUCGAGCCUGCGUCAUCCACCUCGACAACCUACGAUCCUGCAACGCAGGAAGAGCUGGAU